GAGACAUUCAAGCGCAAUGACCAUCUCAUAGCGACAAUCUGCUCAUUCCCAAUUGGAACGAAAUGGCGGACGCCAACAUCAAUCACCAGGACGCUCGAGCGUACUGGCAAAGCAUCGACGCUGAUGUGAAUGGAAUGCUAGGUGGCUUUCCUUACGUCUCGAAAGUCGAUCUCCAAGGCUCGAAGAACUUCCUGGCUAAGCUUGGGGUCGGGGGGAAGGGCAAGAAGAAAGUGGAGAGAGCGGUUGAUUGCGGUGCAGGAAUUGGACGGAUCACCGAAGGUCUUCUUCUGAGUGUUGCGGAGACAGUUGAUAUUGUCGAGCCAAUUGCCAAGUUCUCGGACGUCUUGAAGGGCAAACAAGGCAUCGGAGAGAUUUUCAACGUGGGACUGGAAGAGUGGUCGCCGGAUUGGAACGAAAACCUGAGAUAUGAUCUGAUCUGGAACCAAUGGUGUUUAGGUCACCUGACUGACGCCCAACUAGUCGCAUAUCUAAAGAAAUGCGCAAAAGUUGUGAGGGAGGAGGGCUGGAUUAUAGUGAAAGAGAACCUGAGUACAAGCGGGCAAGAUGAUUUUGAUGAGGUUGAUAGCAGUGUUACCAGAACGGACGAGAAAUUACGACAUAUCUUUGAGGAGGCAGGAUUGAAAGUCAAGAAGAUGGAAAUUCAGAAAGGGCUUCCAUCCGAGCUGCUCCCGGUCAAGAUUUACGCAUUGAAGCCGGAAACCCCGCAUUGAAAGGGUUGUUACGAGGACUUUCCGGUAAUAUGCUACCAGGAGGAGGAUUUAUGAUGUUCCAAUGACCUACAGAACAAGGCUAGCAUAGAUGCUUGGUCUUCUCUAUUAUGAUAUAGUUAUCCAUUAUAACGAGGCUACUUGAAUGACUUUUUUGUAUGAUAGAUUCGUAUGAGAAACAGCCUUCUGUGCUGACAUUUGCC